AUGGUGAAGGCUGCUUGUUGUGAUGAGAUGGGCUUGAAGAAGGGGCCAUGGACGCCUGAAGAAGACAGAAUUCUGGUAUCUUAUAUACAAAGAUAUGGCCAUGACAAUUGGAGAGCUCUUCCUAAGCAAGCAGGUUUGUCGAGAUGUGGAAAGAGUUGCAGGCUUAGAUGGACAAAUUAUUUGAGACCAGAUGUUAAAAGAGGCGACUUCAGUAAAGAGGAAGAAGAAACAAUUAUUUAUUUGCAUGCAUUGCUUGGAAACAGAUGGUCUGCAAUAGCUGCUAAGUUGCCGGGAAGAACUGAUAAUGAGAUCAAGAAUGUGUGGCACACUUACUUAAAGAAACGUUUAAAUCCUAAUCAAGCCAUCAAGGAGUCCAAGCGAAGGAGCAGAAACAAUGCCGUUAACAAGGAGGUCAAGAAGAAUGACCUGGAAGAGCAAGUUUCACCAGCUUGUUCUCAAAGCGAUGCCUCUUCCUUUGUAAUAACUACAGAAAAUUUUAAUGGUUGGUGGAAGGAAGACUCCAUGGAUUUCCUGACAGAGCUUCCCGAAAUUGAUGAAAUUUUGAUGUCAGGAGUACAGACAGCAAGCCAAAACUGGGCUGGGGACGAAGAAGAGGAGGAUUCAACAGCCAUACCAUCAAACGAAGAUGACAUAAGAUUUUGGCUGAAUCUGUUAGCAGAAGCUGGAAACUUGGAAUGCUUCAAGUAG